CUGACACAGGGCACUGCUUAUAUCAUGAAGCAGGUGAACACUGAUAACCGAGUGAAAAUGGUUACGCCCUUGAGACAGGCAGGGUAUUCUGAAGAGGCAAGGGCACUAUAUUUUGGAUUUGAGAUCAGCAUUGGAGACAUGAUAAAAGUUGAAAAUCGAGUUAACAUGGCACAGCUGGCGAAACAACUGGGUGUUUCUGAUGACGUCCAAUCCACGGAUCCAGACAACCAAGGGAAGUCUGUACUUCUUAGAUGGAGAGACACUGUUUGUUCUUCAACAUUCAACCAUCGCUUGGUGUUGGCCGAUGCGUUGUUCAGCAUGGGGGAGGAGCAACUCGCACUAGACAUCAUUUCAGGAGUGUAUAGAAAUGGGGAAAUAGACAAGCAAGUGACACAACUGCUAGCGGCUAACAUUAGGUUGGGACAGUUGCCAACAUUGUCUAAAAUCCUGGACCAAACGAAGGAGAACGAAGAGAAGGGAUUAAUACAGAAGAGUCCUACAGAAAUGAGCAACAAACUUCUUGAUGCUGGAUUCUGUGCUUAUGCGCAUGAGUUAAUGGCAGGUAAUGUAAGAUUUAAAGAUUGUUUAUCAGUUAAUUAUAAAGAAGUACAUUUGUCACAUGAUCAUAUUUUACCUAUCUUCUAAAAUCCUACUUUCUUCAUCUUUUUAGGGCCUCUUAUUCUUAUUGGCAGUAUUGAUGAGAUGUAGAGAAACAAUGUUAAUUUGAAGGAAAUUCAAAUUUUCUGUGAUUCUUGAUAUGCUAUCACCAUGCAAAUUGCCAGCACCCACUUUCUUAUAUAUUAAAGCAUAAAACUAAAUCAUUCAAUUAUUCAAGGAUAUGUUAACCCUA